AUGCGAGCUCUCAAGACGAAAAGUCAAAAAAUGAGCCUCCAGACCAGAGAUGGUUUGGGCAGCGGAGGACCCGUGGUCGACUGUAGAGGACUGUUAGAGAAUGAGGGGCCUGUGUUUGAGAGCUGUUUCAGUGAGGAGCCGCUGCCGUACUCAGACCCCACGGGUGCCGCUGGGGGCGGGACCUGUCCACCGGAUUCACCCAACCAGGAGAACCGGCUCCAGGCUCAGCGAAUCAGAGGCCAGGAUUCCCAAAGACACACCCAUACCCCUCAGAACCGACCGCAUGGCAACCAAUCACCUGAUCUGCCUGAGGGAUACGAGCAGCGCACCACGGUGCAGGGACAGGUGUAUUUUCUUCACACACAGACGGGAGUCAGCACCUGGCAUGACCCACGCAUACCCAGGGACCUGGCCAGUGUGAGCUGUGAGGAGUUGGGUCCGCUGCCGGCCGGCUGGGAGGUGAGGAGCACGGUGUCGGGACGGAUCUACUUUGUGGAUCACAACAACCGAACAACGCAGUUCACUGACCCCCGGCUACACACCAUCAUCAGCCAACACUCCCAGGUGAAGGAUUCGUCGCAGCCGUUGGGUGGGGGAGGCGGGAGAGAGAUGGAGGUGGGGGGAGGAGGGGAGAAGGGGGAGGUGACACUGCGUUAUGAGAGAGACCUGGUCCACAAACUGAAGCUGCUCCGACACGAGCUGUCACUACAGCAACCACAGGCCGGACACUGUCGCAUAGAGGUCUCACGAGACGAGAUCUUUGAGGAGUCUUAUCGUCAGAUCAUGAAGAUGAGACCCAAGGAUCUGAAGAAACGACUGAUGGUGAAGUUUAGAGGAGAGGAAGGACUGGACUACGGAGGAGUGGCAAGGGAGUGGCUGUAUCUGCUGUGCCAUGAGAUGUUGAACCCGUACUACGGCCUGUUCCAGUACUCAACAGACAACAUUUACACACUACAGAUCAACCCCGACUCCUCUAUAAACCCUGACCACCUGUCGUAUUUCCACUUUGUGGGUCGUGUGAUGGGCCUGGCAGUGUUCCAUAGUCACUAUAUCAACGGAGGCUUCACCCUGCCCUUCUACAAGCAGCUGCUGGGGAAACCUAUUAUGCUACAAGACCUGGAGACCACUGAUCCUGAACUUCACAAGAGCCUGGUCUGGAUACUGGAGAAUGACAUCUCGUCGGUUCUAGAUCAUACGUUCUGCGUGGAACACAGUGCCUUCGGGAAGUUCCUUCAACAUGAGCUGAAACCCAACGGUCAGAACCUCCCGGUAACCGAGGACAACAAGAAGGAGUACGUGAAGCUUUAUGUCACCUGGAGGUUUAUGAGGGGCAUCGAGGCUCAGUUCUUAGCUCUGCAGAAAGGAUUCAGCCAACUGAUUCCUCAACACCUCCUCAAACCAUUUGACCACAAGGAGCUGGAGUUGAUAAUCGGAGGCCUGGGGAAGAUAGACCUAGCAGAUUGGAAGUCUAACACCCGUUUGAAGCACUGUGCUGUAGACAGUAAUGUGGUUUGCUGGUUCUGGGAGGCUGUAGAGAGCUUCACUGAGGAGAGGAGAGGACGACUACUGCAGUUUGUUACCGGUUCUACCAGAGUUCCACUACAGGGAUUCAAGGCACUACAGGGUUCAGCAGGCCCAAGGCUGUUCACCAUCCAUCUGAUAGAGGCCAACACAGACAACCUACCCAAGGCACACACAUGUUUUAACAGAAUAGAUAUCCCUCCCUACGAGUCGUACGAGAAACUUUAUGAGAAACUGCUGACGGCCGUGGAGGAAACUUGCGGCUUCGCUGUGGAGUGAAACACACACACGUCACCCUGCAAUAAACCCCGCCCCUACAGAACUACUAUUGACCAAUCACAGGACAAUACCACCGAGCCCCUCCCAUCCCGACCAGACUGAUCUCCAGGGGAACUGUCAUCAUGGGUCACGGCCUGGUUUGUUACCAUGGUUGCAUGAUCCGGGGAUAUCAUCGGUUCCUGUAUUUUAGAGGUUUUUCAGAUUUUGAAGAAACAUUUUUAUCCUUCAAUUUUAUCGAGCUAUGAUGUCACUCUUCAGAACAACCAAUGACUUUGAUUCUGUCUCCAAUCACACGCAGUCUCUGUACAGAAUAAGCCAAUCAGAGACGAUCUGAGCUGAAAUCCUCCAAUCAGAAAGCAGAUUGAUUAAUGUUCAUGCUUCAUGUUUAACCACUGGUGUGUGUGUGUGUGUGUGUGUGUGUGUGUGUGUGUGUGUGUGUGUCUGUGUGUAGCACCUGGUCCUCUGUAUAAUGGUAUUAAGCCUGUAUGUCUCUCUGAUUAUUAUGUUAUUUAUUUACUGUGAUGAUGAUGAUACUGACCUGCUGCUACUCUACAGAGACGGACCCCCUAACCCCUCCUCUCAUCCCUCCUCCUUUUGUCUUCCUCUCUCCUCAUCUCUCCACUUCUCCUCCCUCUCCUCUCAUCUCUCCACCUCUCCUCCCUCUCCUCUCAUCUUUCCUCCUCUCAUCCCUCCUUCUCUCCUCUCCCCCUUCUCUCUCCUCCUUCUCUCCUCACAUCCCUCAUUCUGUCCUCAUCCCUCCUUCUCUCCUCUCAUCCCUCCUUCUCUCCUCCCUCUCUCUCCUCUCAUCCCUCUCUCCCUCUCCUCCACUCAUAGCCAUUAACCCUCUCUCCUCCUCUCCUCCCUCUCUCCUCUCAUCCCUCUCUCCCUCUCCUCCACUCAUAGCCAUUAACCCUCUCUCCUCCUCUCAUCCC